CUCGCUCAAGAUGGCGCUGCUCGCGAUACCUUCCUGGAGCUGGGCAGCUGCGGCGGUUGCUUUCGAAAAGCGUCGGCACUCUGUGAUACCAAUACGGCCCCUAGUCUCUGUCUGGGGCCCAGGUCCGCAAUGGAGGUCACGUCAGCUCGGCGGCUCGGGAACUGCUGGAAUCUCCCAGGUCUCAGAGUCAUUAAGACAAACCACAUGGCAGAGACUAGGAAAAGGCAAUUCAAGACAGUUAUUAGACGCUACAAGGGUUCUUCAGGUAUGGCCACUGAUAGAAAAGAGGACAUGUUGGCAUGGUCAUGCAGGAGGAGGACUCCACACAGACCCGAAAGAAGGGUUAAAAGAUGUUGAUACUCAGAAAAUCAUAAAAGCAAUGCUGUCUUAUGUGUGGCCCAGAGACAGGCCAGAUCUACGAGCUAGGGUUGCCAUUUCCUUGGGAUUUUUGGGUGGAGCAAAGGCUAUGAAUAUCGUGGUUCCCUUCAUGUUUAAAUAUGCUGUAGACAGCCUCAACCAGAUGUCGGGAAACAUGCUGAACCUGAGUGAUGCACCAAAUACAGUUGCAACCAUGGCAACGGCAGUUCUCAUUGGCUAUGGUGUAUCAAGAGCCGGAGCUGCCUUUUUUAAUGAAGUUCGAAAUGCAGUAUUUGGCAAGGUAGCCCAAAAUUCAAUCCGAAGAAUAGCCAAAAAUGUCUUUCUCCAUCUUCACAACCUGGAUCUCGCUUUCCACCUGAACAGACAGACAGGAGCUUUAUCAAAGGCUAUUGACAGAGGGACAAGGGGUAUCAGUUUUGUCCUGAGUGCUUUAGUAUUUAAUCUUCUUCCCAUCAUGUUUGAGGUGACCCUUGUCAGUGGUGUUUUGUAUUAUAGAUGUGGUGCCCAGUUUGCACUGGUGACCCUUGGGACACUUGGUGCAUACACAGCAUUCACAGUUGCUGUCACACGGUGGAGAACUAGAUUUAGAAUAGAGAUGAACAAAGCAGAUAAUGAUGCAGGUAACGCUGCCAUAGACUCGCUGCUGAAUUAUGAAACUGUGAAGUAUUUUAAUAAUGAAAAUUAUGAAGCACAAAGAUAUGAUGGAUUUUUGAAGACAUAUGAGACUGCUUCAUUGAAAAGUACCUCUACUCUGGCUAUGCUGAACUUUGGUCAAAGUGCUAUUUUCAGUGUUGGUUUAACAGCCAUAAUGGUGCUCGCCAGUCAGGGAAUUGUGGCAGGUACCCUUACUGUUGGAGAUUUAGUAAUGGUGAAUGGACUGCUUUUUCAGCUUUCAUUGCCCCUUAACUUUCUGGGAACUGUAUACAGAGAAACUAGACAAGCACUUAUAGAUAUGAACACCUUGUUUACUCUACUCAAGGUGGACACCCGAAUUAAAGACAAAGUGAUGGCAUCUCCCCUUCAGAUCACACCACGGACAGCUACGGUGGCCUUUGAUAAUGUGCAUUUUGAAUACAUUGAAGGGCAGAAAGUCCUUAGUGGAAUAUCUUUUGAAGUUCCUGCAGGAAAGAAAGUGGCCAUUGUAGGAGGUAGUGGGUCAGGGAAAAGCACAAUAGUGAGGCUGUUGUUUCGCUUCUAUGAGCCUCAAAAGGGUAACAUUUACCUUGCUGGUCAAAAUAUACAAGAUGUGAGCCUGGAAAGCCUUCGGAGGGCAGUGGGAGUGGUACCUCAGGAUGCUGUCCUCUUCCAUAAUACCAUUUACUACAACCUCUUAUAUGGAAACAUCAAUGCUUCACCAGAGGAAGUAUAUGCAGUGGCAAAAUUAGCUGGACUCCAUGAUGCAAUUCUUCGAAUGCCACAUGGAUAUGACACCCAAGUAGGGGAACGAGGACUCAAGCUUUCAGGAGGAGAAAAGCAAAGAGUAGCAAUUGCAAGAGCCAUUUUGAAGGACCCCCCAGUCAUUCUCUAUGAUGAAGCUACUUCAUCGUUAGAUUCAAUUACUGAAGAGACUAUUCUUGGUGCCAUGAGGGAUGCAGUUAAACACAGAACUUCUAUUUUCAUUGCACACAGAUUGUCAACAGUUGUUGAUGCAGAUGAGAUCAUUGUCUUGGACCAGGGUAAGGUAGCUGAACGUGGUACCCACCAUGGUUUGCUUGCUAACCCUGGCAGUAUCUAUUCAGAAAUGUGGCAUACACAGAGCAGCCAUGUGCAGAACCAUGAUAACCCCAAAUGGGAUGCAAAGAAAGAAAAUGUGUCCAAAGAGGAGGAAAGGAGGAAACUACAAGAAGAAAUUGUCAACAGUGUGAAAGGCUGUGGAAACUGUUCCUGCUAAGUCACAUGAAACCUUUCCUUUUCUUCUCUUUUCUUCUCUUUUCUUUUCUUUUUUCUCCCUCCCUCCCUCCCUCCCUUCCUUCCUUCCUUUCUCUCCUCUUUCUUCCUUCCUCCCUUCUUCCUUUCUUUCUUUUUUUUCCUUGACUACACAUUUGCACUAAAGCAGAAUUAUUUUAUUAAAAAAAAUCAGGGCUCGGGUAUUGGGUUCUACUCGGAGCGCAGGGAGAGGACUGGGGCUGGCUGCAGGAAGAGAGCCUGAAGAGGUUAGUGCACCACGGCUAGCCCGGAGGGAGUCCGGGGAAAAAGUCUGGAGCUGCCAAAGAGGCAAGAGACUUUUUCUUCCCUUUUGUUUCCUGGUGCGCGAGGAGAGGGCAUUAAGAGUGCUAAUUAAAGAAGUUCCAGAGAUGGGCGCGAGCCGCGGCCAAAGGUGCGGACCCCGGAGACGGGCGUGGGACACUCGGGAUGCCGCUGCUGCCGCCACAAGGCCUGUGUGCGAGCGCAGGUCACUGGCUACCCCCCGUUCCGGGGAGCCUGUGCAGCCCGCCACUGCCGGGGUCCCGGGAACCAGGGACGGCUUCCCCGGGAAAGUGCACGGAGCGCCUCGGGAUGGUGCAACCUCACGCCGGCCUCUGCCACCGCAGGCCUGCCCCGCACUGCGUGCCCCUCCCUCCCCUCGGCCUGAGUGAGCCAGAGCCCCCGAAUCAGCGGCUCCUUUAAACCCGUCCUGUCUGAGCGAAGAACGGUCACCCUCCGGCGGCCUACACGCAAAGGCAGGGCCAGGUCCAAGGCUGAGACCAGGGAGCUGUGAGAGCAGAGAAGAGACAGGGAGAUCUCUACAGCCUCGGAGGCAGCGGAUUAAAGCUUCACGGUCCACUUGAUGUGCGCUGCGUCUGUAGAGUGCAUGAAUGGACAGCGAAUCAUCCCAAAUUGAGGAGGUGGACUUUGAGGACAAGUUUUAACAUGUUUCCCCUUUUCCUCUUUUUACAAUGAAUUAUCCGAAAUUAAAUAGGUGGAAUUUGAGAGCAAGA